UGUUUUCAAGAACACUGGAAAGCCGGCACAAAACCAGUUCUUCCUUUGUGUUCAUUGUGUUUGUUGGUAUUUUAGAGACAUGAGAGAAGUCUGUGAAUCUUUGAUUUGUGGUGGUUCAUCAUCAUCAUCAUCAUCAUCAUACAUCUUCUAGUAAGUCAACUAACAUGGAAGUCUUCCACGGAGGAGCCACCGCCGGCGGUGGAGCCGGCGAGAUGAGGAAGCUCAACUUAGUUUACUUCCUUUGUCGCGAUGGCCAGCUCGAACAUCCUCAUCUUAUUCGUGUUCAUCACUUUUCUCGGCACGGUGUUCAUCUUUAUGAUGUGAAAAGAUGGCUUGCAGAUCUCAGGGGAAAGGACAUGCCAGAUUCUUACACAUGGUCUUACAAAAGGAAAUACAAGAAUGGGUAUGUAUGGCAAGAUCUAAUGGAUGAUGAUCUUAUUACUCCAAUUGCUGACAAUGAAUAUGUUAUCAAGGGAUCACUACUGCCUCCAAGUUUAAAUACUUCUCUUGACAAGUCCAAAGAAGUGGGAGAGGUGGCGGAAGUGGCGGCGGCGGUGAAAUCCCCGCCGGAGAUUCUCCAAAUAGAGCAUGGAAACCAUUCUAUAUCACCAAAACCAUCUCCACAACUAGAUCAAGACUCGGCCGGCCAUACCUCUAUACUAGUAGACAGGCGGGAGAAGCCGGCCACCGUAUUCCGGCCGGAGUUUACCGACUUGAUAGAAGAGACAAAGGAAGGACAAGAGCCAUUUUUAUGUGCCGAAAAUCAUGCAAAGAAGAAGAUGACUUUGUGGAGCUUUCUUUCAUGCCGGGAAGUCGAGACUGAUGUGCCGUCUGCUAAGCCGGUUAACCGGAGGGUCGCCGGAGGUGAACUUUGGGAAGAACAUGACAAUGGUGGCAGGAGAUCAACAAUGAAAGGAGGAGGGAGAGAAAGCAGUGUUGUUUGUCAACAAGUAGUUACAAGCUAAUUUCUGAGCCGAAUUGCUCGCAAUGUGGGAAGUCAUUCAAGCCAGAGAAGUUGCAUUCUCAUAUGAAAUCAUGCAAAGCCAUGAAAGGACACAGAAGGAGCAUUAGCAACAUAGAAAAGCUGCCACUGAGAACAGAGUCUUACAAUGAAGAAUUCUCCAAAGAAGCAAUUACUUCCUAUCUUCUCACUCAUUAAAUCUGCAAAACAAUUAGCAUUGUAACAUUCAAACUCUUGAUUUUGUCAUCAAGCAAGCAAACUAGCUAUCGAUUUCUUGUUUUGCAAUCAAAAUAUCAUAAAAUGACGAGUUGUAAAUUAGGCAAAAGGAGAGAUUUAUCUUUCAACAACAAAGUUUGAGACAAACAAGGUCUAAAAGAAAAACAGAACAACAAUUUAAGAUUCAAA